UGCUCAGCUUGUUGCAUGCUCUGAGCAGCGUCUGCUGAAUUGCCAUGCCUGCCACUGGCUGAACUAUAACAUUACUGGGACUGUUUGAACCAAGAAGAAGGCAGAUUUUACUGUGGGACUGAAGGGACAAGAUGAUAUUUGUUUCAUCCUGAUGGAAAAACAUUGCAUUGAAAUGUACUUCCUAGAUGACUACUGAAUUACUGGAGUAUAUUAAUAACCAGAUCUACAAUGAAGCUCAAGUUGAGUGUCUUGUCUUUCUUUGUUGCCUUUGUGGGUAUUCUAAGCUUUAUUUUUUUGGUGGUUGCUAUUGGAACAGAUUUUUGGUAUAUUAUUGAUGCUUCUAAAUUGGAGAUAAAGAACAACAUAUCAGAGACCAUGAGUUCACACUCAGGACUGUGGCGGAUGUGUAAAUUUAAGGACAAAUGCUCCCCUUUGAUAAAUCCUUUUUGGCAUGGUAACUUAAACUUUACAGAUCCACAAAAACAACUUUUAAGUAUGCAUGGGACACUUGUCAUAUUAUUACCCCUUAGCCUGAUCCUGAUGAUAUUUGGAGGAAUGACUGGGUUUGUUAGUAUACUUGCAAGAGCAUACUUACUUCUACUCCUCACAGGGAUGCUGUUUCUUUUUGGAGCACUGGUUACUCUUACUGGAAUCAGCAUCUACAUUGCAUAUUCUGCUGCAGCUUUCAACUAUGCACUGUUCUCCUUAGGCAGUGCAAUUCUAUCUGAAAUUGAUAUACGAUUUGGAUGGUCCUUGGCUCUUGCUUGGAUUUCCUUCAUUACUGAAGUGCUCACUGGGAUGGCCUUUCUUUUGGCUGCCAGAGUUACUGGUCUAAAACGAACUCGAGAUCAGGUUAUCUAGUGAUUAUCUCGAACCAUAACAACAGCGGCCAAAUCUUACCAUUGUUAUGACAUGCUCUUGGUUGUGAGGAGCUAAGUGGACUUUUGAGAUGUACUGGACAUCAUCGUUUUUUUUGUUUUUUUUUACCAAGAACACUACAUUUUAUUUGCCUCAUAGUGAGAGAUGAUUCAUUUUUGGAAAUUAUUCACUUCCUAUGUUAACCAGUUACUGCCAUACCUUCAGAGAACUCCAGUAGUUAAAAUGCGAUAUCCGAAGAUUAAAAUGAUCCCCUAUCAACAGAAUUAGGAAAACUAGCUGAUCAGUGGUGGUCUGAUGACAAGGACCCCCAUUGAUCAUUAGAAGUGAGGGUAUUUGUCCCCAGAAGGAAUGGAGCACCAGUGCACACUGUCUAUGGGACUUACAAACUUUGCUAAACGCUGGCUCAGCUAUGUUCUGUAGUCCCAUAAAAAGUGAUUAGAGCAUUGGACAAAUAUGUGUGCUGCCACUCCAUUCAUUGAGGAACAAUUGAUCUUCACACUUGUGAUCGGUAAGGAUUCCAGUGGUUGAUGCCCUACUGAUCAUCCAGCUGUCCCCUAUCACGUAGCUAGGGGAUAUAAUUUUACACUUUGUAUUCUAGCAUCUCUGACAGCACAUAUGAAUGGGUAUGCCUUUUGAUCAUUAGUGUUGCUGCAUCUGAAAUGUGUCAAUAGUGUAAGCACUGACUUUUCUACUCUAUUUAUGUAAAGUAAUUAAAUACACAAUGGGUAGUUAUAUGAAGAAAAUAAUUGUACAGGUUUCCUGUGAUAAUUUAACAUAAUGAAACAAGCUUGAUACUAAUCUAAACCUGAGUAGAGAGUGCAAACAACCCUUGCUUUAACUUACUCUACUGAACCUAAGGACAGGAAGACUGGGUGUAGCACAGCAGAGGAUCGAUCUAUAAGUCUUUGAUUCAAAGACUUGAAGUUUGAAAUGUUCAAGACUCUUUGCCUGAUAAUUCCAAGCAAGUGUUCUGUCUUCAAGGAGGACAACAUUGGUUUCUAGGCAAAUCAUUUAUAUGAGCUAUCAAUAAAGUAAUAUGGCAACUGGCUUCUCCCAAUACACAAUAAAUACACAGAAUCGCCUUGGAUUCUAAUAUUCUACCACCAAUUUUAAGAAGGACAUGAAUAGACCUGGAUAAAUGUUAGUUCUGAAAUAAUUAUUUUCAUUGUGGUUUCAAGUUUAUCUACUGUAUGUAAAUCAUUUGAAAUGUUUUACUUGAUUUAGAUGUUUUUAUUGGUAGGCACUCGUAGUAGGAGUGGCUGUUUUUAUUAUGUUUCCAAAUGUGCCCUCUGUAUGGCAACAGUACAUUUAAUGGGACUAUACUUCUAAUUAUCCAUAAAAGGAGAACUAAUGGGCAGCACUCACCACUCUUGAUACAGGCACAAAGUGUUUCUUUAUUUAAGGUGCAGUCAUCAAUAUAUCCUUGACAUGGUGUUCUUGCCAGAACAGAAUGAAGAAAGAACACUCAGAGUAUUGGACUACUCACUCUGAGUCCAGUAGAGGAGUCAUUUAACAUACUUACCAAUUCUAAUUCUAUUAAUCUGAAGAGUCCCACUUCUGCCAUGGAUUGUUCUCAACAGAAGAAGCCCCUUUAGAAGGAGGAUGCACAGAGAAGAGAGAAGUAAAAUUAGUGUAAUACAAAAAGAAACCUAAUGCACAGAAAUGAACACCUAAAUCAGCCCCAAACAGUGCAUAAUGAGGACAAUACUAGUAUUACUAUGACUGCCUUUUACUUUAACUCUGCCAAUUUAAAAGCUCUCCUCAAAGUUAAUAAAAAAAAAAGUUUUUUUUUACACAUACUUGAAGGUGAAAUCCCUGUUACUAUAGACCCCUUGAGUUUUGUGUCUUUAAAGGGGCAUUUCAGGAUUUUUGGUUCUUUGAAUGUAAGACAGGGGCAGCAAAGUUAGUCUAGUUACUGAUAUACUUCACUUACCUGUGUUUGGUAUAGAAUUUCUUUGUCUUUCUUUUCCCCGGAAGUUCCUUUGCUACAGCUUACAAAAGAAGUGUUGUCUCGACCUUUCUCAGCUUUCUGUACAGGCUGAUUUGUCUGUUGUGUAUG